AUGAUUUGCGAUCGAUGCCGCGACGCGUUGCAAGGUGUUGCCAGCAUUGACGAGUCCUGGGCCGUAGGUCUCAAACACCGGCCAGAGGAAGAUGUGAGCGACGAGAGGGUCCGAAUGUCCUACGGUAUCAAGCAUCAUCCUACAUAUGAGAGCUUCAGAGAGGCUCUUGCACAGCGUUGCAGUGUUUGCAUUGCCCUUUGGGAGGGAUUGGAGCCUGAAGAGCAGGGUAUUUUUGAGAAUACGACUCGGACAGAUCCUAGCCAGCACCCCGUCACGCUCACUCGCCAUACCCGAUCACCGGAAACGCUAGACUUGGCUAAGCGUUGGGUUACCAGCUGUGUUAGACACCACGGAAAAUGCAGGGCCGGCUCAGGCGAUGGGACUUGGUAUCCAACUCGCCUCCUUGACCUAAGCCGCGUCACCAACACCGCAGAGCCGUGGGCGGGCCAGAGACUAGUCGAGGGAGUCUCGCUUGGAUCACUCCCACAGCUCAUGCAAGACGUCAUCUUCGUCUCGCUCGAGCUCGGUAUCCAUUACAUCUGGAUCGAUUUGUUGUGUAUUUUCCAAGACGAGGAUGACAUAACGGACUGGCAGCAGGAGUCCGCGCUCAUGAACAAAGUCUAUUCGAAUACCUUUUGCAACAUCUCAGCUGGCGAUGCAAACGGUUGCCUGGAGUCCUUGUUUAAUACUAGGGAUGCGGAUAGCUUUCUCCCACAAGUCAUUGAACUCCAGGUCGGCCGUGGCGACCACAAGACACAGCUUUUCCGCGUCUACGACUUGGACUACUGGCGACGAAGUAUCUCCGGAGCACUUGUCAACAAACGGGGUUGGGUUCUCCAGGAGCGCUUCCUUUCCGCCCGCGUCUUACAGUUUGAUAAGCGCCAGGUGCUCUGGGAGUGCCUUGAAAACUGUGCUACGGAGACCUGCCCGGAACAGAUCCCACGACACCUAUUGGGUAGGGAUCACAGGAUCUUCAAGAACAUGGUCAAUCCCACAAUCCAGGUUGAGGUCCGCCAUCUCUGGACUUGCCUGGUUCAAGAGUAUACGGCGUGUGAUUUGACGGUCCCCAGCGACAAGCUCGUUGCCGUCUCCGGGAUUGCAAAACACAUAGCUGCCCUUCUCCAAGAUAGCCACUUCUACGGCAAGACGUCACGGCCUGCGGAAUACCGCGCUCCUUCUUGGUCCUGGGCAUCGAUUGAUGGUCCAGUGGCUCCGGGGCCGCAGCUCCUCAAGCAUCCCCUCAUCAAGGUCGAGGAGGUACAUCUCGAGUAUUUGACAGAUGAUGUCUAUGGGGCAGUGACGUGGGGGUGGAUUCGCUUACGCGGCGCGCUGAGGCAGCGUCAAGGUCGUUGA